AAUAACAACAACAAUUUAAUAACAGAGAAUAAAAAACCUUUUGAGACAGCUCAAGAAUUAAGAGAUGAAUAUCAAGUACCAUCGUUUGAGGAAUUUAUGAAAACUUAUGAGAAUGAUGAGCAAGUAAAUGAUAAUUAUGAACUAGAAAUAGAUAGUUAUGGUGAUAUUGGAACACCAAAAGGGUAUGGUCCUGGACCAAAUCAGUCGAUUCCAAUUUUCCCAGACCAUGUUGAUUGCGGUAUAAGGGACAUUAUUAAUAAUCCAAUUAGAAGAGAGAUGAACAAACAAUUUGAGGAAAAUCUUCUUCCGAAAUAUAUAGAUUCUAUAAAAAAUAAUGCUCUCAAAAGUUCCAACAAUUUUUCUAUUAGUUACUCUUUCAAGCAUGGAGUUAAUAGUGAAAAAUUUUUUUUCGAAGAAGCUGGAAGAUAUAAUUUAUGGGAUGAAUAUCGAAAAUUAAGUAAUGAUGAAAUUAGAGUAGUUAGACUUGUUUCAGGACAUUAUGGUAUAGAUAAAGUCCAACGAGAGGAGAUUGAGAGGUGUUUAAUAGAAGAUAUGGUAGGAUUUGUAGAAAUGGAAAGAAAAGGAAGAGUGGAAUAUGAUGGUAGAGUUAGGGAAUUUGACAUUCGAAGAGAAUAG